UGGUUCCCACCCAACAGUUUUGAAAAAUGGCGUCGCAAACCAGGUAUAAUACUAACGCUAACGGUAAGAACGGUAAAAUGAGGCUAACUGUGGCGACUCUCACGAACGACUCCCUUCUUCUUCUUCUGCUUCUUGCCACUCAAAAUACCGCAGCAAAAUAAAAUCAACAUAUUUAAAGAAACAUAUCUGUUGACAGCUCAACAACUUUAAUUUACGGUCGUUAUCUGAAUUAAACACAUUUCGGGACUUUCAUUAGCCAAUUGUCAAAUAUGGUUUUUUACAACAAUAUGUACACAUAUCUGCACUUGUACAUAUUGGUGAUCUCCGUUUAUGCGACACAUGGCAGUGGCAACUUUUUAAAUGGACGCAGCCACGUCGACUAUGGUGUCCAAAGAAAUGGGGACGGUGGCAAACUGGUCAAAGGCGAGGAGCGCACAACAAAUGUGAAUGUGGGCGAAGUGUUUGUGCCCAAGACAUUUCCUCUGAGUGCACAGGAGCCAACCUGUGAGCAGCUGCGAGCCAUGUGGAUAUUCUCCAAGCGACAAUCUCGUGCCGCGGAAAUCACAAAUGAAAUACCAACAUAUCGCGAUCCAUUCACUUAUAAUGUCUGGGAACCGCUUUACUCUAAUUCACGAUUGCUCGGCUCGAUUCGCAUGGGUGCCCGCGAACGUGCUCGUUCGCCUGUGUUUGGCCGCGUUGUCAACCGUGAGCCAAUAAUUCCGCAGCGUGUCGCCUUCGAGCAGCGUCAGCGUCAUCUGAUGGAUGGCAGUCCGAGUGCGGGUGGACAGGCGUCCCGGCUCUACGGUGCCGAGGUGCGGCCCUCGGGUGUAGGAGCCACGACGGGCACCACAUCACCACGUCGCUCCAGCCAAAAUAGAUAUGUGGGCGUGGUGCCCAGCAGCAGCAGUAGCUCCUCCUCUUCCGCCUCUUCCUCUCCUCAGAAACACUCAAAUGCGGGCAGCAGUCAAAACUCAAAUUCGGUUGCCGUCCAGGGCAGUUUUCAGAAGCUCAAGGAGCUCAUCUGGACGGAGCGGGCCAAGGAGCUGACCCAGCAGCGGCGUGCCGAGGAGCUUGCUGCCCGCGCAGCGGUUCUCAAGGAAAUCGCCAAUGGACAAAAUAUUCAAUCGUCGUAUAAGGUGCCCUUCAAUCGGGAAGGCGACUCGCUGCUGAUGGAUGAGAAUCGGAGUCCGGACAGUGGCGGCAAUCAGUAUGUAAACGAUGAACGAUCCAUAGCAAAUAUACAAAAUCUGGAUGGUAAUCGAAAUGGAAAUAGAGGAGGAGGACAGAGACAGCACAGUGGAGGCCAUCGUGCAUCGACGCGACGCAUUGGUUCCACUCCGUAUGGCACUGGGAAGGGAAAGAUGUCAAAAGUCGACUCUCGCAUUCGAAUACCGGCCACAGAAAGCAAUCUGGGCGAUUUAUCAGAUCGGGAUCGGGAUCAGGCUGUUAUCGGCAUAACGAGGACAUAUCCGAAUCGACAAUCGCAUUUUAGGGAAAGAAAUCGUUCGCUUUUAAAACAGUAUUCACCAAUUGAUUACUUUCAACGCAACACUCGCAAAUUGGCCAAUUUGCAAUACGAUCAAAAUCAAAAUUUAAAUUUAAAUGAGAAUUAUUUGAGUCUUUUUGUGCACGGCUUGAACAACAAUCUGGCCGAUCUGGCUGAGGCUGAGGAUAUAGCUCCCGAACAGAAAUCGAAUCAAUACGAAUUUGAUUUCUAUGAUAAUGCUGCAUAUUAAAUUGACUUCAAUGAUAAUGCUGCAUAUUAUAUUUCAACUCCAACU